AUGCGUACCACCGCCCUGUACUCGGCUGCUGUUGCGCUCGCUUGCGCCUGCUCUACGGCGUGGGCUGCUGCUCUCCCUGACCAGAUCAAUGUGAACACGAAGAACCUGUCCCCUGAGGACAGCGUGUACGACCGUACGCGCGGUGUUUUCUACCAGUCCAACCUCUGGAAGGGCUUGAUUGAGGUGUUUGACCCCAAGAAGAAGUCGCACUUCAACAUCAGGAUCGACGGUGUCUCGUCGAGCGGUGACGGCCAGCAGCAGAUGUCGGGUCUGUCGCUGUCCUCGCACGACAACGCCAAGCGUCUGUUCGCUGUCGCCAAGAACGCCAACUCGUUCAACUUUGGCAACCAGAAGGACCACGGCCCUUCGUCGUUCCACGCGUUCGACCUCCCUGUGAACGAGAACAGCAAGCCCGUCUGGUCGGUGUACUUUGACGACAUCCAGAACCAGUUCGAGCAGAAGUACGGCACGCGUCCCUUUGGCACGGUCGACUCGACUCAGGACAACGACGGCAACUCGUACGUGAUCUUUGCUCUUGGUAUGCCCGCUAUUGCCAAGAUCAGCCCUGACGGUAAGACCGUCACCACCUGGGCGCACGAGAAGAGCAACGGCAACCAGCGCCCCGGUUACUCGGGCAUUGCCUUUGACCCCGCUACCAACCGUAUCCUCACCUUUGGCGGCCCCCGCCCCCUGACCUCGUUCGACGCGAGCAAGAAGCACGGUACCCCCGAGGCUGUCAAGAUCAACGGCAACUUUGGCACGCUCGACGGUACCGAGAAGCUCGUCUUCGUCCCUGUGGGCCAGAAGACGGUCCUGGUCGGCGCCCGCGCCCCGUACGCCAUUUCGUUCUCGACGAACGACAACUGGUCGAGCGCCUCGAUCAAGAAGACUAAGCGCGACGAGCUUAAGAACAGCGGCUUCACUGCUGUGACCGACUACUACAACGGCAAGCAGCAGGGCAUCUACGGCAGCAGCGCCUUCUUCAGCGACGGUGUGCACGGUGGCCGUACCAACUGGCCCCUGUACAAGCUCGACUCGAGCAUCCUGCAGUUCUAA